CAGUUAACUGGUUUAUCUUCGUUCUGCGUCACGUACCAAGCAUAAGUUGUUAGUUUAAACUAAUCUUUCAAGGUCUCCUUUUACAUUGUGGUCAGCGAAACUCAACAAAGGUCUCGCUUUGUUAAAACCUCAACGCGAUUUGGAUAUUCUAUCGUGUUCAAAUGCAGUCUUUUUCAUUCCCUUGAGAUUGACAGACAGAAGUUUAAAAAAAGGAAUUUGUGUUCGAGAUUCCCCAAAAAUGAUACAGAACGAAGAUAUUAUCAUCGAAGAUAAAGAUGAUGUUAAUUCCCCGGGGCAGUCGGGACUUCGGCACCGUGUUCCUUGGGGCGAUAGAAUUUCACUCAACAGUGAAAUUCCGGGUUUGCCCGAAGUCAAGGAUUUACUAGAAGAUGAUGACACGAGCUGCUUGGCCGAAGAGGAAGAUGGAGUCGGAUGUCCUUUGCCAUCGACUCCUGAGGAUGAUCAUCUUCUCGAUUGUGAGAUGACAGAGGUCUUGAAAGCUGGAGUACUCAGCGAUGAAAUUGACCUUGGUGCGCUCGCUCACAAUGCAGCAGAACAAGCAGAAGAAUUCGUUCGCAAGGUAUGGGAAGCAUCCUGGAAGCAGUGUCACUUCCGAAACUUACCAAGAUGGCUACAGGACAACGAUUUUUUACACGCGGGUCAUAGACCACCACUUCCAUCAUUCUACGCAUGCUUCAAAAGCAUUUUUCGUAUCCAUACAGAAACUGGAAAUAUAUGGACCCACCUUCUUGGUUGCGUGGCCUUUAUAGGCAUAGCAAUUUACUUUUUAACACAACCACCGAUGGAUAUUCGGCUUGAAGAGAAAAUUGUGUUUGGGGCCUUUUUUGCCGGCGCUAUCAUUUGUUUGGGCAUGUCUUUCGCUUUUCACACAUUGCACUGCCACAGCGAGUGCGUCGGCAAAUUAUUUUCUAAGCUAGAUUACUGCGGAAUAGCGAUGCUCAUAAUGGGCAGUUUUGUGCCCUGGCUGUAUUAUGGCUUCUACUGCGACUACCAGCCCAAGUUGAUUUACUUGUCGGUCGUUGUGGUGCUCGGAAUAACGAGUAUAGUAGUUUCCUUAUGGGAAAGAUUCGGCGAGCCCAGAUACCGUCCGCUGAGGGCUGGUGUUUUCAUGGGCUUUGGACUUAGUGGGAUCAUACCAGCUGUGCAUUAUGCGGUGGCCGAAGGCUGGUUUAAAGCCAUAAGUCAUGCAUCACUUGGUUGGUUAAUCUUGAUGGGAUGUUUAUAUAUUCUCGGGGCCAUGUUUUAUGCCUUACGAGUUCCAGAACGAUUUUUCCCAGGAAAAUUCGAUAUUUGGUUCCAGAGCCACCAGAUCUUCCACGUGCUAGUAAUUGCUGCAGCUUUCGUACAUUAUCACGGAAUAACAGAGAUGGCAAUGCACAGAAUGACUAUAGGUGAUUGUUCCGAUCCAUCACAGGUGAUAACUUUUUAAGGAAAGUAGCUGAUUUCAUAGAAAUUCGUAAAUUUAUUUAUAAAUAACAACAAAAAAAGUAAGAAAAAUUGAAAAUAUGUUGAUAAAUCUGUAAAAAUCCUGCUUCACACUGAAAUCACUGAAAUAAAAAGUCCACGCAGUUGUGAAUCUUGAUGGAUCUGAAAUAUCUGUGAAAAAUACUUGGUGAAGUCCAAGUUAACCGGAACCAAAUGACUAAACCUGGUCUAAUUCGACUACACGAUAAACUGUGCACGUUUAUAUUUUUCUGAUAUAGUGUAGAUUUUGUCGAAUCACGGUAAACAUUUUUUAAAUCAGAAAAUAUAUCUUGGAUUCAAGUAAAUGUGUCAUGUGCUAAUUAACAGAGAAUUGUUGAUUAUUAGGAUCGUUCAGCGAGUUUUGCGAUAUUUGCAGCAUCCACGGUCGGGACGUAAUUUAGAAAGAAACAACAAAAAAUUGCAAACAAUUCUACAUACAAGCAGUAAAUAAAAUUAACGAUACACGAAUGUACAAGAAGCGGCAUGGUAUCGAUUCAUUCGCAAAUAGAUUUUAUUAUAAUUGAUAGUAGCUGCUUGAAACUGUUCCCGAGACCUUGUAGUUACUGUAAAGACAAUCAGGAAGUUAAAAUUGUUUCUUUUCUCAUUUUUAUUGUCGUUUCUUUGUCAUGUCGCCAUUAAUAUUGUUUAUGAUUGAUUAUUGUUGUUAUCGCUAUCUAGAUUCAAACGACUAUUGUUUGUACUUGGUUAUUAUACACUCUUUGCUUUCAAGAAUAGCAGCAUCUUUUAAUUUGAAAGAAAGAUACAGAGACGAAGGUUUGAUUUAAGACUCAAGACUGGAAUGUAAACUAACAAGUACAUGAAACAGCAGUCGAUAUUUAAGGUGCGAAAUGUAAACUUGUUCCUCAGAAAAAUGUAGUUUUCUCGGAUCUUAUGCAUUUGAAAAAGAUUUUUUUUCAAUGCCAUCUUGUAUUGCAUAUCUUUCUAACAAAAAAAAUUAAUGCUCCGUCCUUUUCGUUUCUGUAAGGAAACAGUUUUCGAUUUUAUAUUCAAAACUUCAAGCUCAAGUAAUCGCAAAAUAUUGUUUCGUAUUUUUUUUUAAAAGCAUUCAGAUCCGAGAUUCUAAAAUUGUCUCCUCUUGUACGAACACUGUAGUCUCGAAUUCCCUGAAAAAUGUAUCAGGAUAACUGAUUUUUCUGUUUAUAGAGUGUUAGAUUAAUGGUACUGUGUAUGAUUUUAAAUCGACUGAGAGGCUAAGUAGGAUAUUUUAGAAUAGCUGGUCGUCUUUUUUUCUUCACAUUUUUCUCAUUUUUAUUAAGUUUUAGGUUCGUUAGUCUGGCUAAUACCUCUGCUUAAAUUUUGCAGUGAGUAAGACUACAACGGAAAUUUAAAUGUUUUCUUUCCUCAGUUUAAUAAUUAUUAGACAGGGGUGCUGUUGAACUUUUUACAUGAAUAAAAUGGAAUAUUGUUACAUAAUCA